CCACGCCCGGUGUCUCUUUGAAGCCCUGACGUGGACGCACUUGGGGCUCCCUGACUCGGGGUUCUUCCGGGGGAUGGGCGUGUUAAUGGAUGCGGGUGAGGGAGACGAAGAGACUUCCGUUUCCUUCUCCUAAGCCCAGGCCCAGGCCCAGGCCCAGGCCCGGCCGCAGAGCGGAAUUGGCAUUUCCAGAUUGGGUCUGGUGGUGCACCUCCUCCGGGACCCUUCCCUCAGGACCUGCCUCGCCGGGCACUGCGGGCGUUCGAGGCCGUUGCUCCAGGAGGGAAAAGGUGGACAAAUCCUAUUUUCAAGAGAAGAUGACUUUUAACAGUUUUGAAGGAUCUAAAACUUGUGUGCCUGCAGACAUCAAUAAGGAUGAAGAAUUUGUAGAAGAGUAUAAUAGAUUAAAAACAUUUGUUAAUUUCCCAAGUAGUAGUCCUGUUUCAGCAUCAACACUGGCACGAGCCGGUUUUCUUUAUACUGGGGAAGGAGAUACUGUGCGGUGUUUUAGUUGUCAUGUUGCAGUAGAUAGAUGGCAAUAUGGAGACUCUGCAGUUGGAAGACACAGGAAAGUAUCUCCAAAUUGCAGAUUUAUCAAUGGCUUUUAUUUUGAGAAUAAUGCUGCACAGUCGACAAAUCCUGGGAUCCAAAAUGGUCAGUACAAAGUUGAAAACUGUCCAGGAAACAGAAAUCAUUUUGUUUUAGACAGGCCAUCUGAGACUCAUGCAGACUAUCUUUUGAGAACCGGACAAGUUGUAGAUAUAUCAGAUACCAUAUACCCGAGGAACCCUGCCAUGUGUAGUGAAGAAGCGAGAUUAAAGUCAUUUCAGAACUGGCCAGACUAUGCACAUUUAACCCCAAGAGAGUUAGCUAGCGCUGGACUUUACUACACAGGUAUUGAUGAUCAAGUACAGUGCUUUUGUUGUGGUGGAAAACUGAAAAAUUGGGAACCCUGUGAUCGUGCAUGGUCAGAACACAGGCGACACUUUCCUAAUUGCUUCUUUGUUUUGGGCCGAAAUGUUAAUACUCGAAGUGAAUCUGAUGUCAUGAGUUCUGAUAGGAAUUUCCCAAAUUCAUCAAAUCCUCCAAGAAAUCCAGCCAUGGCAGAUUAUGAAGCACGGAUCCUUACUUUUGGGACAUGGAUAUACUCAGUUAACAAGGAGCAGCUUGCAAGAGCUGGAUUUUAUGCUUUAGGUGAAGGUGAUAAAGUAAAGUGCUUUCACUGUGGAGGAGGGCUAACUGAUUGGAAGCCCAGUGAAGACCCUUGGGAACAACAUGCUAAGUGGUAUCCAGGGUGUAAAUAUCUGGUAGAAGAGAAGGGGCAAGAAUAUAUAAACAAUAUUCAUUUAACCCAUUCACUUGAGGAGUCUCUGGGAAGAACUGCUGAAAAAACACCAUCACUAACUAAAAGAAUUGAUGAUACAAUUUUCCAAAAUUCUAUGGUACAAGAAGCUAUACGAAUGGGAUUCAGUUUCAGGGACAUUAAGAAAAUAAUGGAGGAAAAAAUUCAGACAUCUGGGAGCAACUAUAAAUCACUUGAGGUUCUGAUUGCAGAUCUAGUGAGUGAUCAGAAAGGCAAUUCACAAGAUGAAUCAAGUGAGACUUCAUUGCAGAAAGAGAUUAGUACUGAAGAGCAACUAAGGCGCCUGCAAGAGGAGAAGCUUUGCAAAAUCUGUAUGGAUAGAAAUAUUGCUGUAGUUUUUAUUCCUUGUGGACAUCUGGUCACUUGUAAACAGUGUGCUGAAGCAGUUGACAAAUGUCCCAUGUGCUACACAGUCAUCACUUUCAAGCAGAAAAUUUUUAUGUCUUAAUCUGACUUCGCUCUGUGUUUUGUUGUUCUUAUCACCCUGAUUGAAUGUGUGAUGUGAACCAACUUUAAAUAAUCAGCAUUGAAUUUCAUUAGCAUUUGCUACCCAAGUAGGGAAAAAAAUGUAAACUGUAAUGUUUUAGUUGACAAUCUAAAAUUUGAAUUUCUGGAGUUUUCAGGAAAUUAGUUAUAUUAUUUAUCCUAUUUUUUACUGUUAUUUCAUUGAAAUCCUAGACAUAGGUAAGAAGCAUCAUAUUAUAACUGAUCACAAUGUGUAUCUGUAGUACCCCGACUUAGUUUGUAAAUGUAAUUGAAUUAAUCAACCGAAUUUUUCAUUCUUUUCAGCUAGGCUUAGCAAAUGGAGCAUUUGGUGUAAAUGUGGAGAUGAGAGUUAAUCUUCCCAAUCACAUAAUUUGUUUUUUGUGUGAAAAAGGAUUGAACUGUUCCACACUGGUGGAAAGAUUGAGAUUAUUUUUAGGUUUUUGUCUUUGUGUUUCAGGACUGUGUCUGCUUUCUUUUAAAAAUAUACACCCAGUUGUGUGAAUGAUUUUAAAAAGUGACUAUGCCAUUUCUAAAGGGUAUUUUAAUGAUAGAAUACCAUCUAGCCUGCAUGUACUGACAUGGAAAGAUGUCAAAGAUAUAUUGUGUAAAAUGCAAGUGGCAAAACUUUAUGUGUGGUAUAAGCCAAAUAAAGGGGUGUGUGUGUGUAUGUGUAUAGAACAAAAGGUUUGGAAAGAUGCACACCAAACUGUUAAGUGUGGUUUCUCUUUGGGGGGGGUGGGGGUGAGCUGGGGUCGGGUUUCCAUAGAGGGUUUGCAGGGGCCUUCCCUUUUUACUUUUUAAAUUUUUUUCUGUUUGAAUUUUUGUAAGUAUGUAUUACUUUUGUAAUCAGAAUUUUUAGAAAAUAUUUAACUGAUUUAAAGGCUUAGGCAUGUUCAGGCGCCUGCAAAACUACUUAUUGCUCAGCGUUAGUUUUUCUAAACCAAGAAGGCAGGGCAGUUAUCCUUUUUAGUGCUAAUGUAAAAUUUAAAUGUUUUUAUGUUUUUCCUGCUUUGUGGGUGAAAAAUAUUUCUGAGUGGUAGUUUUCUGACAGGUAGACCAUGUCUUCUCUUAUUUCAAAAUAAAUAUUUCUGAUUUUGUAAAAUGAAAUAUAAAGUAUGUCUCAGAUCUUCCAAUUAAUUAGUAAGGAUUCAUCCUUAAUCCUUGCUAGUUUAAGCCUGCCUAAGUCACUUUACUAAAAGAUCUUUGUUAACCCAGUAUUUUAAACAUCUGUCAGCUGAUGUAGGUAAAAGUAGAAGCAUGUUUGUACACUGCUCGUAGUUCUAGUUACAGCUUUCCAUGUUGAGAUUCUCAUAUCAUCUUGUAUCUUAUAGUUUCAUGUGAGUUUUUACUGUUAAGAUGAUUGUUUAAGAUGUAUAUAGACAAAAUGUCAAGUCUUUCCUUUACCUAAAAUUUUUUAUAUGUUUCUUACUACUAAUAGUAGUAGAUACUUCUGAAAUAAAUGUUCUCUCAAGAUCCUUAAAGCCUCUUGGAAAUUAUAAAAUACUGACAAGAAAAGAACCAUCAUUGUUUAAGUAUUAAAAAGGGAAAAAACACUUAAAUAAGAGUUUACAUGGGUAAAAAUAGAAAUUUUUGAAUGCUUCAUAGACCACCCAGGCUUUACAUUAUGAGAGUCUCAUGACCUGUUAUAGAGGUGAGUGAACAUUUUACUGCAGAGAAAAGUUUGAGAGCGAUACUGUUAAAAGUUUUAUUUUCAUUGUAUUUUCUAAGAGAAAGAGUAUUGUCAUGUUCUCCUAACCUCUGUUGUUUACUAUUUUAAGUGAUAUUCAUUUAAAGCACUGCAAGUUUAAAUGAGAAUUUUUAAAAUUAUAUAAUGACUACCCUGUUUUUGUUUUAUUAUGUAAAUCCUCAGUUCUUCACCUUUGUACUGCCUUCCAUCUAGGUUUAGUUAUAUGUUCAUUAAGAUAUAUUUGACAUGGGUAGUCUAAGCUUUAAAUUUAAAUGUAAAGGUUUCUACAAGGGGAGAAAAGUGUUAAAGUUUUAAAAAAUGUGUUUUUCACAUUUUCAGCUCCAAGUUUGUUAGUUCCAUGUAGUUGUUAGCCAGGACUCAAUUUUUUAACAUAAGGCUUUUCCUGUUUGGGGAGCCUCAGUUCAUUAAAACUCUUCUUUAAAACUUUUAUGUUUAAAGUUAAGCAAGACCUUUAUUUCCCUUUAUUUCAUGAGUUGUGAAAUUUAAUGGACAAAGCUGAUGUGGCUAACAAGUUUAAGAAUUGUUUAGAAAUGCUGUUACUUCAGGUUCUUAAAAUCACUCAGCACUCCCAACUUACAAUCAAACUUCUAGAGACUUAAAAAUAAGUGUAUGUCUAUGUUCAUACUAUAAAAAGCACUGGAUCCUUCCCAUCUACUUGUACUAAAAUUGAUCGUUUGCAAGGUCAAAGAUAAAACCAGAUCCAACACCCCCUACCCACAAAAGGUAUAGUUCUCAGUAUCUUCCUUCUCUGUAUUAAGUUUAUUCCAGGAUUUUUCAAAAUCACCACCUAUUUUGCUGUGUUUAGUCUUGUGAAGAUUCAAAGUUGCUUUGUAAUAAAUAGUUAUCUUUAUUUGUAUAAAUUUAGUGUGCUGAUCAAAAAAGCCUUGUCUUAAUUUUUGAGAAGUGAGUUGUAGUGUUUAUAAAGUAAAUUCCAGUUUAUUAAUUAAUGGUUUCUAUUGCCUUCCCUGCUAGAUUAUUUUUCCCUUUGUUUAGAGACUGAGGUGGGUAGGGUGGGUGUAUAUGAUAUGAUGUUUUGUUGUUUUUGUUGUGAUAUGAUUUAAACUUUGAUAGUUUUUUCCUGUUUUCAUGUUAGUGGAUAAAAUUUGUAAUGUGAACUCUGAUUGGAGACUACCACCACAGCAUUAGUUGCAUAUGUUGUACUCUUUAGACCUACAUCAUUGUUUUAUUUCCUGAUUACCCAGUUGUUGCAUGGGGAAAAAGGGUGGAGGGGGUAGGAGAAAUGGAAUAGGUUGUGUGUCAUUUCCAUUCAAGAAAUAAGAAAAUGGGGAGGAAUAUUUGACAGAGGUAGUUCUUUUUGGUCAUAUCUGUUUUAAAAAAAAAAGGUAGCCCUUUCUUCAUCUGUGAAAUGAGACUAAUACCUAUCUCAAAAGGUUAUGAGGAGUUCAAGGAGACUAUGUAUGUAAAGCACCUGCUAUACAUGUUAAUUCCCUUCCUAACACCCUUUUACCCUCUGUGUGUUUGCCUUGACCUGAAAAUUUAGGCUAAAAGUUAGAAGAAAUUGUUACAUGAUAACUCUUCCAGUGACUCUUACUCAUCCUUUUUGGUGUUUCUCAUGUAUUAAGAUACAAAUUACAAUAAGUACAUAGAUCAAGCCCUUAAAAUAUAUUUAAAUUUCUUUUAUGAAAACUUCAAAAAAAAUACUCUCAUCAAACUUAGUUGAGCUUUCCUAAUAGAAACAGUUGGCUCAUUCCCAAUUGAUAAUCAGUUUCAGUUUGACUUUUACACUUAGCACAAUGCGAAUCUCAUUCACAGCAUAUUAGAAUCAAAGUGCGUCAGAGCUAGAAGUAACCUUAGAGAAUAUCUUUACUCAUCCGCCUCAUUUUACAGAUGAGGCAACUGUGGCACAAAGGUGAAGUGAUUUGUUCAGUUAUAUAGCUAAGUUAGUGGCAAAGCCAGGACUGGGACAUAAUUUGAAGGUGAAAUUUCACCAAGCUACCUCUCCUGGGAGGUGUCAAAUAUUUAUUUUUUCAACGCUUCUUUCCACGAUAUCAUAACUUUCACUACAUGUUAAAUGACACUUUAUAACUAAUACAGUAGGACAAUCAUAUAUAUAUUGUACAGUACUACAUUAAUCUUUGUGGUAAUAUUCUAUUUUGAAGUCUAAAGUUUUUGGAUAUGCAUAUAGAUUUUUCACCAUUUACUACAUUUUUAUUAUGUAUCAUGUAACAUUUAAAAUUAUUAUAUAUUUAAUCAUUUUAUCUUUACUUGGUAUCAAAUUUGCAUUUUUGGCUUGAUGUAAUUUCUGUUAGAAGAUUUUGCAUUAUUUUCAUUACUGACGUACUGUAUCUAACCAACCUGGCAGAAUCACUGUUUCUUAUGUCAUUGUAUUAGUGUUGUGAAUAAUCAGAAAUGUUUUGAGAGAGAGCGCUAUAUUUGUAAAUAUAAUUUUAUGGCUUUUUUUCAUUUAGUAGGAGCCUUUCCAUCAGUAUGAAAAACUAAGAAAAUUGCUUUCCACUGUAUAAUCUGGAAGUCAUCUUAAAUUAAAGCUUAUUUUUCUGUGAAUAAAACAUUCAAUAAAGUACUAUUCUU